UAUGAUAGGGAGAUCCCAGACAGAAGGCACAGAACAUAUAGAAGUGAUUUCCAUCCAGCAUGAAGUUAGACUGUGGAACAACAUCAAGCUAUAGAUGCUGGAAGCUUAUAGGACUAAGAAAGCAAUUGGAUUUCUUUUCCAUUGUCUAUCAAGAGCAGAAACAGGCUACUUCUAGCUAAAUGUCUCAAAGUUGCAGAAGUCCUCAUCUUUCCAGGAGAUGGCCAGCUACUCUUUUGAACAGCAUCGUGUUCUACCUUGGGCAUUGCUCUGAUCCACUGUGGCCAUUCCCGUGCUUUAGCUGGCUUAGGCAGAAGACAUGCUUCCUGACCCACCAGGAGGAUACAUCAAGAUCUAUUCAACCUGAAAAAACCUUGGUCAUCAUUGUGAGCUCCCUUAAGAAAAAGGCUAUGGCAAAACGGUUAAAAGCUAAACCCAUCUCAGACAAGCCAGGGAGCCCCUACCGCUCUGUCACUCACCUGGACUCACUAGCAAACAUAAACAUCCCUGGAGCAGACACGCUGGACAAGCUCUUUGACCAUGCUUUAGCAAAGUUUGGGAAGAAGGACUGUCUUGGAACCAGGGAAAUUCUGAGUGAAGAAAAUGAAAUGCAGCCAAACGGAAAAGUAUUCAAAAAGUUAAUUUUAGGAACGUAUAGAUGGUUAUCCUAUGAAGAAGUAAAUGAGAAAAUUACUUGCUUGGGGAAUGGACUGACCGCCCUGGGACUAACUCCGAAAAGCACUGUUGUUAUAUUUUGUGAGACCCGAGCUGAGUGGAUGAUUGUAGCUCUCACCUGCUUCAAGUACAACUUCCCUCUUGUCACUCUCUAUGCCACCCUGGGUGAAGAGGCAGUGACCUAUGGUCUCAACGAGUGUGGAGCAUCAUAUCUGGUCACAAGUGUGGAACUCCUUGAGAGCAAACUUAAGACUGCGCUGCCACAAGUCUCCUGUCUGAAACAUGUAAUUUAUGUGGACACAAAGAUGAUAAAUAAAUCAGAAUACCCUGAAAACGUGGAGAUUCAUAGUAUGCAGGCAGUAAAAGAGCUGGGAGCCAAACCAGAAAACUCAAGCAUUCUGCCAAGCAGACCUGUUCCUACAGACUUGGCUUUAGUAAUGUACACCAGUGGCUCUACUGGGAGACCCAAAGGAGUGAUGAUGAUGCAUAAAAACUUAAUAGCUGGAAUGACAGGACAGUGUGAGAGAAUACCUGGACUGGGACCCAAGGACACUUAUAUUGGUUAUUUGCCUCUGGCCCAUGUGUUAGAACUGACAGCAGAAGUUUCUUGCAUCACUUACGGCUGCAGGAUUGGUUACUCCUCUCCUCUCACUCUGUCAGAUCAGUCAAGUAAAAUAAAGAAGGGAAGCAAAGGAGACUGUACUGUACUUAAGCCUACACUGAUGGCAGCUGUGCCUGAAAUAAUGGACAGAAUUUAUAAAAAUGUCAUGAGUAAAGUUCAAGAGAUGAACUAUAUUCAGAGAACACUGUUCAAGAUAGGCUAUGACUACAAAUUGGAACAGAUCAAGAGGGGAUAUGAUGCACCUCUGUGUAAUAUACUACUGUUUAAAAAAGUAAAGGCCCUGCUGGGAGGGAAUGUCCGUAUGAUGCUUUCUGGAGGAGCACCGCUCUCACCUCAAACACAAAGAUUCAUGAACAUCUGUUUUUGCUGUCCUGUUGGUCAAGGCUAUGGACUGACAGAAACGUGUGGAGCCGGAACCAUUACAGAAGUUGCUGAUUACAGCACUGGCAGAGUUGGAGCUCCUCUUAUUUGUUGUGAAAUAAAACUGAGAGACUGGCAAGAAGGGGGCUAUACUAAUAAAGACAAGCCUAAUCCUAGAGGAGAAAUUAUAAUUGGUGGACCAAAUGUCUCCAUGGGAUAUUUUAAAAAUGAAGAGAAGACAACAGAAGAGUUUUAUGUUGAUGAGAAUGGCCAGAGAUGGUUCUGUACAGGAGAUAUUGGGGAAUUUCAUCCAGAUGGGUGUCUGCAGAUCAUAGAUCGUAAGAAGGACUUGGUAAAGCUCCAAGCAGGAGAAUAUGUAUCUCUGGGCAAAGUAGAGGCAGCACUGAAGAACUGCCCAUUGAUUGACAAUAUCUGUGCUUAUGCCAAAAGUGAUCAGUCCUAUGUGAUCAGUUUUGUGGUCCCUAACCAGAAGAAGCUGACAGCAUUGGCUGAGCAGAAAGGCAUCAGUGGAACCUGGGUGGACAUUUGUAACCAUCCUACAAUGGAAGCAGAAAUACUGCAAGAGAUUAAAGAAGUGGCAAACAAGAUGAAAUUAGAAAGAUUUGAAAUACCCAUCAAGGUCCGGUUAAGCCCUGAACCGUGGACCCCCGAGACUGGGUUAGUAACAGAUGCUUUCAAGCUGAAAAGGAAAGAACUGAAAAAUCAUUACCUCAACGACAUUGAAAGAAUGUAUGGAGGCAAAUAAACAGCUCUGCUGAUCUGGCACUUGUGCAGCUGGUUCCUUCUCAUGCCUCAGUUUUGGAUGUCUGUGUAUACUGUAGAUAUCACACAUUUCAAAAAAAUACACCAAAUGGAUGACUGUUUCUAUAAUUGCUAUAAAGCAAAAAAGAUAAUAUCUUAGACUCCAAAUUCUUAAUUAUUAGCAGAUUAGACAUUAGUCUUCACAGAGUUUUGUGUGAUCAUCUCCAGUUUUGAGACAGACAUCAUGAUGUGAAGCAGUGUGACCAGGUGUUUUUUAUUGUUUCUCUAGCAUAUUCAGACUGCUUAUAACUUCUCUUUAACUCAUGCUGAAGUCUGGCCUAUAUUUCAAAGAAGAAAAAAUAAUGUAAUUGUGAUGAUUCUUCUGUCAUAAUAGGACACUUGUAAUAGGAUACUUCCUUCUAGCAAGGAGGGAAAAGGAGUAUCUAAUGUCUACCCUUCUCCAUUUAAAAACAAAACCAAGACAACAGCAGUAGUCAAGAACUUGCUAGAGAUCACUA